GAUUUCGUUUUGACCAACGUUCUCAGUGACCGUUUAGAUACAUUUGUAUACGGGCGUGUAUCGCAACAGCUAGACCACUGUAGAUAAAUUUAGUACAAAAGUAAGAAACGCGCGCGCAUAACUUGAGAUAUGAAGCUUUUGCUUACGACCAUCUUACUGUCAUACCUUCAACUCUUUGUCCACUGCCAAAAUGACUAUUGUUUUGGCAAGGACAAUGAAAGGACCCAAACUCGCCAUUUUACAUCUAAAACCGCUUAUCAGAUAAUCAAAGGAACAAAUAUUGAAAAGGAGUACUUGGUUCCAGGCUGUAAACCAACAAAAAUUUGGAUAUUGCAUAGGCAUGGCACUCGACUACCAACAGUGAAGACAAUAAAAUCGGCUCCUAAACUAAAUACACUACGCGAUGAAAUCGUAGCAAAUUAUCGAGUUCGCCGUACGAAACCCGACACUAAUGCGCUCUGCUUGGAAGAUUUGAGCCUUUUAUCGAUGUGGAAAUGGAAUAGUAGUAUUACAGUGGAUCAAGAACAGUUUCUAACCAUGCAGGGCUAUGAAGAUUUAAAAGGAACUGCAAAAACUUAUCAAAGGUUUUAUGGUGAUGUGCUAACAAAAAAUUACAACAACACGUACUACAAGUUCCGUCACACUGAUACUCAACGUACCACAGAAAGUUUCAAAGCUUUCGCUGAAGGUCUCUUCGGUGCUGACGUUAAGGUACAACCAGAUCAAAUUCCGGAAAAGGAUUUACUUUUGAGGCCCUACGACUACUGUGAAUCAUGGAAGGCACAUGACUACAGCGGAGAGAAUUCGGAAAACUACAAAUUCAAGCAUUCAGCCAUUUGGAAUAAAACCAUUGCAGAUAUUUCAAAGCGAUUGGGCUUCCAAUAUACCCUGGAGUCUAGCGACAUUGAGCUCAUGUGGGAUAUGUGUCGCUAUGAACAGGCUUGGCAUGUUGACCGAACAAGCGUUUGGUGUGCUAUGUUUACACCGGCGCAAGUAAGCGUAUUUGAGUAUGAGGAUGACAUGAAAUACUUUUACAAACUUGGCUAUGGUUUUGAAGAAAAUACACGUCUUAAUUGUCGCGCAGCCCAAGAUAUGCUAACGCACCUUAACAGCCCAACCACACCAAAUGUUAUUGCUUAUUUCGGGCACACAAGUGGAGUUCAGUCACUUCUCUCCGCAUUAGGUAUAGCGAAGGAUAACAUUCCGCUCACUGCCAAUAAUUACAACAGAACGGAUUACAAUUGGAAAACCAGUAAUUUGGAUCCAUUCGCAUCAAAUUUUGUUGCUGUAAAGUUCACAUGCAAUGGUAAUGUCGGCGAUAAAGUUAUUUUCUUUCUCAAUCAAAACGCUGUGGAUCUGGAUUGGUGUGAUGUGGGAUUGUGUGACUGGUCGGAAGUGUUGAAACGCUAUGAAACUCUUUACACAGCAGAUUGCAGCAGUUAUUAUUGCGCGGAUGCAGGUGCUGCUUCUGUAGUCAAGUCAUUGUCUAUGUUAUUUAUUUCUAUUAUAGUAUACUUACUAUAUUAACUCUUAGAGAAAAAUAACGGUAAUUGUUGCAUGUAAAUAAGUAUAAAUAUUAGGUUAUAAAUAAUUUUUUAAUUAAGUCUAAACUGUUUU